UUCUAAUCCUCAUUCCCAACUUUGGAACGUAUAAAAACCAGACAAUAAAUAAUAAUAAUAAUAAUAAUAAAAAACAGCCUAAACUCAGCUAACCAGUUUCUGUUUUAGCAGUCAUGAGUUUGUUUGUUAAAAAAAAAAAAGCAUAAAAAGCUAAGAUACUUAUUGCAAAUAGACAUCCUCACCGAUUCCAUGGUAAUUUUUAGAAAAACAACUCAUCCCGACAAGGAUUGAAAAAAAAAAAAAAGGGAAAUCUGUGAAAUUGAGCUAAACCCAUCAAAUUCAGUUUCCUAUUUUUGCAAGCUGGUCUUACUUACCAAAAUUCUUCGUCAAAGUUUCACACUUUCCUGAGAAACUAGGGUUCAGUUCUGCUGUAUUAAUACCAACCUCUGUUGUUGCUGCUAUUAAGCAAAACAAACACUUACUUAUACAGGUAAACGCGAGCUCGCUCAACUUCAAAUUUCAAUGGGUCGUUCUCGCGGGAAUUUUCACUCUGCUGAUGAGGAUCCCACUCAGAGAUCAAGGAGAAAAAAGAAUGCCUCUGCUGGAGAAAAUUUAGAAUCUUCAACUUCAGUUCAAGGAACAAGUGAAGGGAAAAGGGCUUUAUUCCACUGCAAUUAUUGCAACAAAGAUAUCACAGGAAAGAUCCGUAUCAAGUGUGCUAUUUGUCCUGAUUUCGACCUAUGUAUAGAGUGCUUUUCCGUUGGAGCUGAGGUUACACCUCAUAAAAGCAACCAUUCUUACAGGGUCAUGGACAAUUUAUGUUAUCCCCUUAUCUGUCCUGACUGGAAUGCAGAUGAUGAAAUGUUGCUUCUAGAGGGAAUUGAAAUGUAUGGCCUUGGAAACUGGGCAGAAGUUGCUGAGCAUGUGGGCACAAAGAGUAAGGAAAAGUGCAUUGACCACUAUAGUAAUGUUUAUAUGAAGUCCCCAUUCUUCCCUCUUCCGGAUAUGUCUCAUGUUGUUGGAAAAAAUAGAAAAGAGCUUCUUGCAAUGGCUAAAGGGCAUGCCGAAGACAAGAAAGGAUCUUCUAUGCUAGGGGAGCUUCCCGUGAAAGAAGAAUCUCCUUUUUCGCCUUCCAGAGUCAAAGUUGAAGGCGGUAGUUCUGGCCGAUUAUUAUCUGCCUUAAAUACAGAUGUAGAGUCUGGGGUAAGAUCUAGCAGUAGCAGUACAGCAUCAGCUGCUGUUAAGAAGGUAUCAAACAUGGCCCAGGUUAAAGAUGGCAAUGUUAAAAUGGAAGAUCCUCAAAUUGACAGAAAUUUUGGGGGAAAGAAACCAAAUUCUUUGGGAAAUGACGGUCCAUCUUUAGUUGAGUUGAGUGGUUACAACCCUAAAAGGCAGGAGUUUGAUCCAGAGUAUGACAAUGAUGCUGAGCAGUUACUGGCUGAGAUGGAAUUUAAAGACACUGAUACAGAGGAAGAGCGUGAACUUAAGCUGCGAGUGUUGCGUAUCUAUUCAAAGAGGCUGGAUGAGAGGAAGCGUAGGAAGGAUUUCAUACUAGAAAGAAAUUUGUUAUAUCCCAAUCCUUUUGAGAAGAACUUAUCUCCCGAGGAGAGGGCACUUUGCCGACGUUAUGAUGUCUUCAUGCGCUUUCAUUCCAAGGAAGAACAUGACGAAUUGCUUGAGACUGUUAUUGCUGAGCACCGGACUUUAAAAAGAAUUGAAGAACUCAAGGAAGCCCAAGUAGCUGGUUGUCGUACAUCAGCUGAGGCAGACCGAUAUCUUGAACAAAAAAGGAAAAGGGAAGCUGAAGAGAGUAGUCAGAGAGCAAAAGAUGGUGUCCAGGGUGGUCCAAGUGGGCAUGGGGGCCCAAACUCAUUCAUGGCUUCAGAGUCUGUAGGCAAGGAGUCAAAUUCAAGACCAAUAGCACAGGCUUCUUCAAGCAAUGCUAAUGAUUUGGACAUAAUGGGUUUCUCGGAAACCCAGUUACUGUCUGAAACUGUAAGAACGUUAUUCCGAACUGAUAGAUUUUCAUCUGAUUUGAAAUUGAAGGAGAAGAGGCUGUGCGGUGAGAUUCGGUUACCUCCACCUCUGUACCUGAGGAUGCUACAGAUCAUUUCGGAAGAGAUCUUCAAUGGCAAUGUUACCAAGAAAGCUGAUGCUCGUGGCUUGUUCAAGAUGGAAGCAAGCAAGAUUGAUAGAGUUUAUGAUAUGCUGGUGAAGAAGGGGAUUGCUCCGGCUUGACAUCACAUCACAUCAUAUCACAUCAAUGUUUAGCUGUUGCUACUAGUACUAAUACUAAGUUUAUUUUCAACAACCUUUGUUUUCAUCUUUUGAUUUUAUUUUUUUAGGGCCGCAGGAAUGAAACGAAAUAAUAAUAAUAAAUAAUAGGUACUAGGCAGGCUCUUUGAAAUAUGGAGUGGUUUAAGUAUUGUUUAUAGUCCUACUAGACUAGGCUACUACUAGCAUUUCAGCUUAUCUUCCGAAAUAAAAGUAGUGUUUCACCUCCAACUUCAUCCAACUCUAAAAGACAUGGAAAAACGAAAGUAUUAAUCCUUGACGACACUUAUAUUUAACAACUUUGAUUUACUA